UCGCACCGAAAGGUGACCAUGGCGGAGGAAUUCAUCACAAAGCGGCUGCACGUCUCAGGACUCACGCCCGCCAUUACGCCCGCAGACCUCUCGCAAAAGCUGGGCUCGUUCGGGACCGUGAAGGCCCUCGACGGCUUCGGUGUCCUUGACGUGCUCGGCCGUCCACGGCCAUUUGGGUACGUAACGCUCGAGACGACAAAGCUGAAGCUCGCGCGGUGCAUGAACCUCUUGAGCGGAGUUACCUGGAAGGGUACCAAGUUGAGGAUUGGCGAAGCGCGACCAGAUUUCCGGGAACGGCUGGCGAAGGAGCGCGAAGCACAGGAUGGCGAGCCCCCGCGCAAGAGGAGGCGCCUCCUCCGGGGCGUGCAGGGCAUGCACGCUGCAGAAAUGUCGCUCGUCACGCCUGAGAAUGUUGCACAGCGCAGGGGGUGGAAGGUCACGCCCCUCGGACGACUCGUACGCCCGAUUCGCAUGCGUCCGGAGCGGCCGCUGCCUGAGCCCGUGGCGACUGCUGUCGCAGCGAAGGGAAAGGGAAAGGACAAGAUGGGCAAAGAGAAGACGAAGAAAAGGAAGACUAAGGAGCCCUUGACGAGGGCACGCAGGCAGACAAUCGAUCCGCUCAAGUAUGGGUCUCAGCAGAUGAAGGGUGUAUUCCUCGAAAGCUUGGUGGUUGAACCGAGGAGGGGGGUACAGGAGGAGCCGCUGAGGAGACUUGACGAGAGAGUAGAGGGGAACGGUGAAGUACAUGAAGAAGGGAGCGAGAGCGCAGAGAGUGGGAAGGAGGAAGACAGCGAGAUGCAGGUUGAACAAGAGCCCCCACCAGCAACCGUCCAGCCGAAAGCACCACCGCCAAAGGAGAAACCUCAACCCUCACCACCUUCCUCAGCUCUAGCCGCGGCAGCAGUGCAUGUUGCUCCUGCUACAGCAACAAAUUCGCCGACCUCAUCAACUUUAGGUGGUCCGAAUCUUAUGCAAGAGAAGAACACCGCCCUCGUCCUCCUGCAGUCGUUAUUCGGAGACGAUGACAAAAACUGGGGUGGCGAAGAAAGCUUAUCAGACGUGGACAUGGACGAGCUUGCAGAGCGAGGGAAGGAAGAGUUCAAGGACGAUACCGAGGUCGUGCCCAUUGUUACAGGUGCCAAGAAGCGUACUGCCCCGACAUCAGAUGUCGAGGAAGAAGAGAGAGAGGAAGAGGAAGAGAGCGGAGAGGAAGCGGAGGAACCUUCAUCUGCACAGAAGGCACCUGUGCCCUUACCUGUGCCUCCUACUAUCACGCAGGCAGUGAAGCCGACGAAGCUGAAAGAUCUGUUUGCUCCGAGAGAGGAGGAAGCCGUUUUCUCUUUGCUCGGCCAUCUCGACCUUGACGACGAGCUUGGCGAGGACUUAGACCCUGCAUUUACGCAGCAGGCAGUACCUUCCGUUUAUGCUGUGGAAUCCACGCAGUCAGUCUCUCCGCCGUCGACAGCAAGUGCACAAACCCGCUUUACACUCGACCCAGCUGCCCCGCUGUUCUUCCCUAUACCGGAGAACGAACGUGCGAAUUUCAGAGGUCGUGUCAAAGACCCAUUGGAUGUCGCGUUGGAGAAAGGCUGGGACUGGCGCAAGUUUUGCAGGACUCAGUCUGCAGAAGAGAUCAAACAGCAGUGGGAGGAGCAGAAGGUUGAGCUUACGAAAGAUUGGAAGCGGAGGCACAGAGAGGCCAUUAAGAGCAGGCGGCGGAGAGGCGGUGCUGGCGAUGGCGAGUAGCUUGCUCGAAACCGAGUUUUCUAUUGACCCUCUCUGCUGUCGUCUGUCGUGUGCGCUCUGUCCUCGACUGUAUUAGUUUUCGGCUCACAAUUGC